AGCCAUUUUGGCUCAAGCUUCGGCACAAUACCCUUCUGCCACCAGCCAGCAGUGCCCUCUGGAACAAGCAGCUCCGAAGGCCCCUGAUGGCGGUCCUGUCGCGCGUGGCGCUCGCGGUUGCCCUGCUCGCCUCCCCCGCCGCCGCAUACGUGGCCCCGAUUCCCAGCGAAGCCGCCCUGCAGCGUUCCGUCGCCUCGGCGGUCCAGCAGCAGCCGACACUCAUUGUGGAGGAGCUCGUGGAGGAGCCCACGGCGGACAGCACCACUUCUGGGGCGAUGCUCGGUGCGGCCGUGGCCAGCAUCGCUGGAGUGGUGGUCGGCUGGCUGCGCUCCAACAAGCAAAGGGCCGCCAGCGCCGCUGCAGCGUCGGCGGUGGCGCUCGUGGCUUCGGUUUCGGCUUCGCCAGCGCUGGCAGAGGUCGACUAUGUCAACAUCGAGUACCUGGGCGGCAGCAACAAGGUGGACAUCAACAAUGCCAACAUCAUGGCCUACCGCCAGUUCCCUGGCAUGUUCCCGACCGCCUCCGGCUGGAUCGGCACGCACGGCCCGUGGGAGAAGGUGUCGGACAUGCUGAAUGACCCCGAGCUCCCCGACAACUUGAAGCAGAUCAUCCAGAAGUACGAGAAGAACUAUGUUGCCUUCCCGGCCAAUCCGGCCUACUUCAUCGACCGAAUCAACAACGCCAUGUACCGGUGAGGUCACGCAGUCUGGCCAGUUCGUUCAGGAGGGUCUCGUUGGUGCAGGGGCCGAGUUGUGAGGAUCCCGUGCCCGCUCAAAUCUCCUUGCACCUUCACGCCUCUACCACGAAGGCUCAGGACACCCAAGCUAGGUGCCUGCAGCAGAAUUUGCUGUACCAUUCCUGGCUGGGUAGGAUGCUGACUGGCAUGCAGACUUUUUGAACAGGGGCGCCCGCAUCGAUUCGUGGGAGCAUCAGGAAGUUCUAGAACAAA